AAAAUUUUCCCCACAACAGCAAAUAAAGUGAAUAGACUGUAGCCAAUAUUGCGCCAUAUUAUCACUUUGUUGUGUCGUUAAUGAAAACAACAACGAUGUCGUCCUUUGUUUUACUAGUUUGUGCUGUGCUCUUAGCCAACUACGGUUUGGCUUCAACACUCGAUAAAGUCGCCGUUGAACAUGAUAUGCUACGUUUUUCGUAUGAACUGGAAUCCUGGCUAGAUGUGGCGAAAAAACCCUGUGAUGAUUUCUUUGGUUAUGUUUGUUCUCGCUCAUUAAACGCCAGCAACCAGGCAAAAUAUGAUCGGCUAUUGCAGCAGGAAGAACUAAAAUUUAAUAAAUUCUUAGAAAAUAGCAAUGAAGAGGAGCUCUUGGAUUCAGAGCUAAAACUGAAACACUUCUAUGAUUCCUGCCAAAAUGCCCGCUCUAUGGAACAAUUAAAAGCCACCUUAAUGUAUCGUUCUGUGGGUGGUUGGCCAGCUAUUGAUGAUUCGGUAGCCAUGUUGCGCAAAAGACGCAAUAUGACUUGGUUGCAGGUUCUGAGUAUUUUUCAUGAAACUGGCAUUCCCUAUUUCUUCAACACAAAAAUCGAAUUAAUAUCCAACAAACGUGUCGUGCAAAUACAACCCGAUGAUUCGUUGCGUUUUACUUUGCGGAAAUUUGAACAACUUUCUGGAGAGAUUAUGCAUUUGUGUAAUGUGGAUGCCGGCCGUGCUAGAUUGGUGGCUUUGGAGAUUUUGAAUUUUGAGCGCAAUUCCAGAGAUAUUAUGAAGAUAACUGUUAGUGAGCAGGACAAAGUGAGAGAGUAUUCUUAUGCUGAUUUUAAGUUGUUGAGUUUUGGUUCAGUUUAUCCUUUGGAUUGGGAUGCCUACUUCCGUAAGGUUAUGGGUAAACCUUUGAAGCCAACAGAUUUAAUUAUUGUUUCAGAAAUGCCCAAACUGAUACAGUACUUUGAGCUGUUGCAGGGUACUACGUUGACGAGAUUUUUGAAUUGGCUGUGGAUUGAUUAUUUAAUGGACAAAACCCCCGAUGAUUGCAAAAAACUCACUGAAACGUAUUUAGCGCCCGUUUACCAACAUGUUGUAGAACGUACUGGCAUUGACAAAGUACAAAUGGCUCAUAUGUACUCCGAACUGGGACAGCAAUACGAACAACUUUUGGCCAGCACUGCCUGGAUAGAUGAGAUUACUCAACAAAACUCCAAACUAUUUCUUGAACGUAUAAUGCACUUGACUUUAAAUGGAGAUGCUAAACUAGAUAACGAUUACCAGACCUUAACCAUAACAAAACGUAAUUUCUAUCGCAAUCUAGAGAAAGUGCAAAGAUUUAAGGCCCAACAACUGAAAAUAGAUAUCGGCAAUAAGCCACAAAUCUCCAACGGUGCUGUACAAGUAGCCGAAAGUGCCAAAGAAUUUAUGAAAGUAUUUCUAACCAUCAAUGGUUUAAUACAACAGCAGCAAAAUUUGACUACACCAUUAAACUAUGUCAUGCUGGGAGAACAUUUCUCUGAAGUAAUGAUAGGAGGAGCCUAUGAUACACCAGGAGCCUGGAGAAGUACAGAUUCGGAUAGAAAAUUUGAAUUAUUCGAUAGAUGUCUACAAAGACAACUGCCUUUACAGGCCAGGAAUUUUAAUUUAAACAAUUUAUUGCUAAAACUCUUGGCUCAAAAACAAUCCUGGCAAACUUAUCAGUUGUGGCUGCAGCAGGAUGAGGAAUUUGUGCAAAAACUAAAUACUCUGCUAAAGGCGGGUCGUUUGCAACUAUCCAUGGAGAAACUAUAUUUUAUAGCCACCACCCUAGUAGAUUGUCAUUUGCAUCCAGCAGAACAAAGAAAACAAUUUAUUCACACUGCCUUAAAACAAACCAAAGAAUUUCAGCAGACCUUUAAAUGUCAAACACGAGAUACACUAUAUAACAAUAAUAAAUGUUUGGUUUUGAAAGAAAAUUAAUUAAUUAAAUUAAAUUAAUAAAUAUUUAAGAAAACAAAUUUAAAAA